UGGCAGAGGCGCUCUCGGGCGGCCCUGGCCGGGGAAGAGGAGUUGCAUGUGUCGCUUCAGCUGGGGAUAGCGGCGGGAGCGGAGGCGGCGGGACUUGUGCGACCGCCUGGGUAACGACCCCUCGUGCUUCUCUCGUUUGCGACAAGCUCGUAGAGAGCGUGCUGGAAGCUGAGGUUUGUGAAAUGGCUGCUGACAUUUCUGAAUCCAGUGGGGCUGAUUCCAAAGGCGACCCAAGGAACAGUGCCAAGUUAGAUGCCGAUUACCCACUUCGAGUCCUUUAUUGUGGAGUGUGUUCAUUACCAACAGAGUACUGUGAAUAUAUGCCUGAUGUUGCUAAAUGUAGACAAUGGUUAGAGAAGAAUUUUCCAAAAGAGUUUGCAAAACUUACUGUAGAAAAUUCACCCAAACAAGAAACUGGAAUUAGUGAGGGUCAAGGAACAGCAGGGGAAGAGGAGGAAAAGAAAAAACAAAAGAGAGGUGGAAGGGGUCAAAUAAAACAAAAAAAGAAGACUGUCCCACAGAAGGUUACCAUAGCCAAAAUCCCCAGAGCAAAGAAGAAAUACGUGACGAGAGUAUGUGGCCUUGCAACUUUCGAAAUUGAUCUUAAAGAAGCACAAAGAUUUUUUGCUCAGAAAUUCUCCUGUGGUGCCUCAGUAACAGGGGAGGAUGAAAUUAUCAUUCAGGGAGACUUUACAGAUGACAUAAUUGAUGUCAUUCAGGAAAAGUGGCCAGAGGUAGAUGAUGACAGCAUUGAAGAUCUUGGAGAAGUAAAGAAGUGACUUUGAAAAUUUGUUUGUAUUUAAUGACCUGAACUGAAAGUUGAUACGGCCAAAGGGGGAGAGGCCUUUUAAAUAUAUAUAUAUAUUUAUCCUACAGUAAAACUGUAGAGCACCCUCAUCCUUGGCGUUUUCACUGUUCUGUACAAGGCUGCUUGUUUUUUUAUUGCCAAAGUCUAAUAAACAGGGGAGACUGUCAUGCUUAUGCAUGAGAUAGAAUUUAGUCAAAUAAAAAAUUUUGGUCAUUUGGUACUGACUUUUAUCCUUCUCUCUUUUUAACUUUUUAUUUUUGGAAAAACCCUGUAGAGUUUUUGUGGGAAGCAUUUCUGUUGAUUAUUUUACUGAUUAAAGCUGAGUGAUUUUUUUAAAAUUUGGCUUCCUCACCAGUAAUGUCUCCUUGCUUCUUUGGUGUGAUAGUUUUGAGCUGGGUGAGAAUCUAACAGAUUUAUGGUUGAAGUUGCUUCCUUGUUACCAAGUCCACUUUGUGGGCAUAACAACAUACUCUUGCUAGGAGUUGUUCAGGCUGUUCUGGAGAGUCUUUGGUAAAGUAUAUUAAAAGCCUUAAAACCAUGUGCACUGUAUGACCCAGUAAGCCACUUCUUUGACGUUAUCCUAAAGAAAUAGUCAAUCUUGCUUAAAACUUAAUGAAUGAAGGUGUUCACCACAAUGUUAUAUUUAAUAUCAAAAUUACAAAUGAUAUAAAUGAACAAUUGGGAAAUGGUUAAAGAGGUGAUGGUGCAUCAUGUGAUAGAAUAUUAUGUAUAUGUUUAAAAUUCAUAUUUUCUAAGAAUGUGUUUGGUCAUGGAAACAUGGAAACAUAUUUGGUAAUGUUAAAUGGGGACGGACCCAAAUCCAUUUUAGAUAGUCAUUAUCAUUAUUCUGAGUGGAAGGCCAUUCAGAGAGGCUGGGAGUUCUUGUUCUAGCUAUAAGUAAUGUGAGUAAAAUUCUGCUAACCAAUUAAAAAUAAUAUAAACCCAUGCUCACUAUAUGUUCUGGAAAGUAACAAUUGAAACAUACGUUUCUCACAAGAGAAACUGACAACUUUAGUGGAUGCAUUAAAUAAAUUUAAACUUUGUCAGGUGCUGCAAAUUGAAAAGAAGACUUGCGGUAUUUUAAAUUGCUAUAGACACCUUUAAGAAACUUAGAAUGUAUGAAACCAUUGUUUAUUGCCAUGCAAAUUACAAUCUUGAAGAAUGUUUUUUAAAUAAAGUCUUAGAAAAAUGUGUAAUAAAGAUAUAAAAUUUAAAAAUUCUGCAUUAACUGUGAAUUCUAAAUAGGAUUAUCUGGUGAAACACAUCCAUCAAGACCAUUUGGUAUAUGUUAAUGUAUGUAUUCCAUUGGUGCUGGGAGAUGCCUGUAUCAACACAUGUGACUUCAUGUAACAUUUCUUAAUGUUCACAGUUCUUAGAAUGCAGUUUCAAUCCAUAGAUAACUGGCAAUGGAUGUUACUGCAGGAAAAUGCAGGAUUAAAAUUGUCCUUGUGAUAA